UCACCAACUUUGGAUAAACACGAGUCUGUCGUUUUAUUCGAUUCGUUGAAAUGCACGCGUGUACAAUAGUGCACAUUUUACUGAAUGAAAAUAAUAGUAUUUUCGUCAGACUUUUAUUUUAAGGACCGUGUGACAUAUUCUGAAUGAAACAACUUAUGAAUCAAAAGUAAUUGGAAGAAGAGAUAAACAACAACAAGAGUAUCUUCAACUCUGCACAAUGGAUCAAAUGUGCGGGUGGGAAAUCAAAACUAUGGCUGCUGUAAAUUCAACCAGUCCUUGUGGAUUAUCCUGGGUAUCAAUUUAACCACACAACGUGAACUGACUAAAGUUAACACGUAAGUAAGUAACGUCAGCUGCACCAGGAACAGCCCGGACUGCGGCUGUUGCUGUGUGUAACAACCUCAACUGACAACAGCUUUCGGGGGAAAGAUGGCGACCCGAGUCCUUCAAAGAGUGGGCAAAGGCCUUAAACAGACGACAAAUGGACUUCAGACGAAUGGACAGGUCACGGUUGUUGUAAGGAGCCUCUCAGCUUUCCGUGAAGACAGCUGGUUCAAGUCCCUAUUUGUUAGAAAGGUCGACCCCAGAAAGGACGCUCACUCUCAUCUGCUCGCCAAGAAGGAAGACAACAAUCUGUACAAAAUACAGUUUCACAAUGUCAAGCCUGAGUGCCUUGAUGCUUACAAUGAACUUUGUGAGGAUGUCUUGUCUUCCAUUCACACUGACCCUGAAUACCCUUGUGAGCUUGUGGGAACCUGGAACACAUGGUACGGAGAGCAGGAUCAAGCAGUUCACCUGUGGAGAUAUCGGGGAGGAUACCCAGCUCUCACCGAAGUCAUGAACAAACUCAGGCAGAAUAAGAGGUUUAUGGACUACAGGAACGAGAGAGGGAAGAUGCUGCUGUCUCGAAGGAACCAGCUGCUUCUGGAGUUCAGUUUCUGGAACGAACCUGUCCCUCGUUCGGGACCAAACAUCUAUGAGCUCCGAUCAUACCAGCUCCGGCCAGGGACGAUGAUCGAGUGGGGAAAUUACUGGGCGCGUGCAAUUGAGAUUCGCCAGCAGAACCAGGAGGCGGUGGGAGGCUUUUUCUCACAGAUUGGAAGUCUGUACACAGUUCACCACUUAUGGGCUUACAAAGACCUUCAAUCCAGAGAAGACACCAGAAAUGCAGCCUGGCAACGUGAUGGCUGGGACGAGAUAGUCUAUUACACAGUCCCUCUUAUUCAGCACAUGGAAUCUAGAAUAAUGAUUCCCAUGAAGACCUCGCCACUGAAGUAACCCCAAACACUGGGGAAAGCUCUCAACAGACACUCCAUCUGUCACACCAAUCUGUAGAGAGCGUAACCAGCCAUCGGAGUGCGCACUGCCAGGGAUAUCUGCAUAACAUCAACGUGCUCUUUCAGUUUUUUGUUUCUUUUUUUUUUUCUUUUACUCCUGUUUUCUGCAUCGACCUAGAAUGUCUUAUUUCAGAUGAUGAGGUUACAAUGAUCACAGAACUGUAUCUUUUACAGCAAUUACUUUGUUACUGAUCCGUUAACGCGCCGUGUGUAGGCAAACUAAUUUGACACACUCCUACUUUUCACUUUUCAUCAUUUAAAGGGUCAGAUUUUAAAUGGCUUGUCUUAUUUUUUUAUGAUGAGAUUAAAACGAUCUCAUCAGUGUUUCGGUGUAGAGACACCUGGAUGAAAUGGGGCUUAAAAUCUCAUAUGGUCUUUUCAUAACAAAAAGAAAUGUUAUAAAAGAAAACUUAACGUGACAUAUAAGCCCUUUUGUACUAGCAUAAUAAAAAUAAAAGUGUAUGUCACAACAAAAAACACAACAUCCAGAGCUGAUUAUCAUUGAGAGUUGGAGAAGCUUCUUUAAAUAUUACAGGUGAUGCUCAGUUUUACAAAGACACUGUAGCUUUAUGUUCAGUUAAUCAGGUACACACUCUCAACAGAAAAUGUGACUUUAUGUUUACACGGCUUUGAUCCAGUCAACUGGUUUUGAUGAGUACCCGUAGUUUGUUUCAUGAUCAGUAGGUUGGAUGAAAGAUAUUUUUAACGACACUGUUACGAAGAUGCGCAAAGAAGUGACGUUCGCAAACACCACAGUGUGUCAGACAAGUGAGAACAGGAAGUCAGACUUUAGUUUUAGAACAGAGUCGUUUUUAUUCCUGCUGGAUUUGUGUGGGUGAAGGUGUACUGAAAGUCUCGAUGAAGUCGUUCUCCCCGUUUGUGUCUGCUCUGUUAAAUUGACCACAUCUCUUUGAUAACUUCAACAUCCUGACACUUCUAGCUCCUCUCGUUUUGCUGAGGUGGGCGAAAUGAUUCAAAUGAUUAAAAAUUAUGUUUGAUUUCAACCCAACUAAUUGGUAUCUACACACUGCUGUACACUGACUGGUUUGGCCUAUCUCUGCAUUAAGCCAUUGAUGCCAGUUGGGUGACUGUGUGCUUUGACUGAGAUUGUUUUUUUGUUUUUGUUUUUUUUUUCAAUGAUCAGAUUGUAGAUAAAUGUAGUGCACUUAUUGACUGGGCCAGAGGUGAUGGUCAGUCCUGUCUGUAAAUGAAGUGGGGUAUUCCAAACUGUCUUGUGUUGAUAAUCAAGUGGGAAAGAAAGGAGUAACAUCUCAAUGUGGUAAAUGUGAAUUGCAGUGCUUUAAGAAGACUAGUUGUACAUAUUGAAUUAAAGUUCUGAUGAAAAUGGAAAAA